CUUUCCAGGCGCACAGGUUGGGCCAAUUUCAAUUAAUCCCAUUGUCUCAUAUAUUCUUCUCAGCUUGGUGCUGUGAAGGAUAUUCAAAAUGGGAGAUUGUAGGGGAGAUAGACUUAGAGCAUGUUGUUUUAUCAUUAUCUUGGUUAUGCUGCUUCUGUGCUGCUGCACCAAUGGAGAAGAUCCAUACAGGUUCUAUACUUGGAAUGUCACGUAUGGUGAUAUCUACCCUCUUGGAGUGAAACAACAGGUGAUAUUGAUAAAUAGCCAAUUUCCGGGACCACAAAUUGAAACCGUGACCAACGAAAACUUGAUCAUUAAUGUCUUCAAUAGCUUGGAUCAACCCUUUCUCAUCUCUUGGAAUGGCGUGCAGCAAAGAAGAAAUUCUUGGCAAGACGGAGUAUAUGGCACCAACUGCCCCAUCCCUCCUGGGAGGAACUUCACCUACACUCUUCAAGUGAAGGAUCAGAUUGGCAGCUACUUUUACUUCCCAUCGCUCGCCUUACAUAAGGCUGCUGGCGGUUAUGGUGGUUUCGGGAUUCUUAGCCGCUCUGUUGUUCCUGUUCCUUUUCCGCCUCCUGCUGCAGAUUACACCAUUUUGGCUGGUGACUGGUACAACAAAAACCACAAUGACUUGAAAGCGAUUUUAGACAGCGGUCAUGAUCUACCCUUCCCUGAUGGCCUUAUCAUUAAUGGCCGUGGUGCUAAUGGGUAUACAUUCACCGUUGAUCAAGGCAAGAUCUACAGGUUUCGCAUAUCCAAUGUUGGGAUUACAACAUCCAUCAAUUUUAGAAUCCAGGGGCACAAGUUGCUGUUAGUAGAGGUAGAAGGAACUCACACACUACAGAACACUUAUGAUUCCCUUGAUAUUCACUUGGGGCAGUCCUUGUCUGUGUUGGUUACUGCUGAUCAACCGGCUCGAGAUUACUACAUUGUGGCUUCGACCCGUUUCACUUCCCAGGUGCUGGCCACUACUGCAAUUCUUCAUUAUAGUAACUCAGCAGCAGCCGUUUCUGGUCCUCCUCCUGGGGGACCAACUACUCAAAUUGAUUGGUCCCUUGAACAAGCUCGAUCUAUCAGGCUCAAUCUCACAGCAAGUGCAGCAAGACCUAAUCCCCAAGGCUCAUACCACUAUGGAUUGGUGAAAACCACACGUACCAUUAGACUUGCAAGUUCUGCUGCUGUUAUCAAUGGCAAGCAGAGGUAUGCCGUGAAUGGUGUUUCCUUCAUCCCAGCUGACACCCCGCUUAAACUAGCGGACUACUUCAAAAUCUCUGGAGUAUUUUCCCUUGGAAGCAUCCCAGAUGCUCCCACCGGAGGUGGUGCCUACUUGAAAACUUCCGUCAUGGCUGCUGAUUAUAGAGGUUAUGUUGAGAUUGUUUUUGAGAAUCCAGAAGACACUGUGCAAUCAUGGCACAUUGAUGGUUACAGCUUCUUUGUUGUGGGGAUGGAUAGGGGGCAGUGGACUCCAGCAAGCAGGUUAGGUUACAACUUGAGAGAUGCGAUUGCACGUUGCACAGUACAGGUGUAUCCAAAGUCAUGGAGCGCAGUAUACAUAGCUUUGGAUAAUGUGGGGAUGUGGAACGUAAGGUCAGAGAACUGGGUACGGCAGUACCUAGGCCAACAAUUCUAUCUCCGCAUUUUCUCCACUGCAAAUUCAUGGAGGGAUGAAUAUCCAAUCCCAAGGAAUGCGCUUGUAUGCGGUCAGGCGCUAGGCCGACGCAAACCAAACGAAAAUCUUUAACACACUCACUCUACUGUGUCUGUCGUCAAAAUUUAUACAUGUACACUCUAUUAACUGUUAGCCGUGCUGCCAAAGGUUUAACUCAACUCAAGCCUUGUACCUUUAUUGUUUGCUUUGUUUAACUCAACUACACUGUCAAUUUAGUCUUUACAUUUAUCUA